CAUUAAUAGAUCAGUAUGGAGCUCAGUUCACUUCCUCUAAUGCUCUUGCUGAUUUCAAACAUCCACACUGGACAAACGCAAGAUAAACCCAGAGUGACUGUGAAGCCCCAGAGUUCAGUGUUCACUGGAGACACAGUUACUCUGAGCUGUGAUGUGCGACGCUCAACUGUACUGAGGAUUAUCUGGUACAAAAACUCCAAGAUAAUAAAUUCUGAUGCUGAAACAAAAACACUGAGAGACGUGAGUCUCUCUGAUGGAGGAGAGUACUGUUGUGGUGUACAAAGAGAUAACAAGGCCACAACACAAGGUCAAAGAGUCAAGCUAACAGUAAGAGAGAGACCCAAAGCUGUAGUGCGUGUUCAGCCUGAUGGACGAGUGUUCAGAGGACAGAUGGUCACUCUCACAUGUGACAUACAGGAGACAGACGUCACUAGCUGGAACUACACCUGGAAGAAAGAUGAUUCAGUGAUUCAUGAGAGUCAAUCACAGGAAUACAGAAUCAGUUCUGUUAAUGAAUCUCACACAGGUCAUUACAGCUGUAGAGGAAAUGAGACGGACGGAUCACGAUACUCACACACCAGUGAUGAAGUUACACUGACGCUAUCAGGGGAGUGUGAGAAUGUCUUCUUCACAUCAUGAGUAAAAAAUGUCUACAAAUAAGAAACAGUAACCAACAAGCUAUGAGAAUUUUAACAGUAAAUGCAACAGAACAGAUCAGGUGAAUUAAUGUUUUAUGUGCUCCACUGAUUAUUUAAUGGGUAGCCUAUUAACUCUACUGGUAAGUAACUUCAGCAAAAGCUAUUUUAAUUUACAAAAAAAAAAUUCAUUUAAGUUAAUGAUCAAAUUCCAGAUGAUUCGCUACCUUAAACUUGACUUGAUUAAUUUGAUUUAUUGACCUUUUAUUUUAAAACAUCAGGAUCUUCAGGACCAUCAGGAUUUCGUGCUCUGAUAAUUGGAGUGACUGCAGGACUGAGCAUCUUAUUUCUUCUCAUUUUCUUACUGGUCCUGCUGUGGUGCUGCAAACACAACAAAGGUGGAGGAUCUCUGUCUCCCUCUACUGACCAUCAGCAGCACAACAUCAGACAGACAGAGGAACAGAAGAAGAGUGAACAAACACCACCACAGUUCGACACAGUAAUUGGACUUUCUGAUGUGACCUAUGUUGAGAUUGACCUGAGAACAGUGAAGGAAAUAAAGAAAAAGAAAGAACACAAAGUGAACACUCAGCUCUUGUCAUCUGUUAGGAAAGACCAGUAAGAGUUCUGAAACUGUUUACUGCAAACUGAAGAUGUAAACAGGUUAAGGUGCUGUUGCUGGAUCUAGUGACAUGACGAAUGCUCAGAUAAAAUGAGACAAAACUUUCAACAGUAUGGGGAUUAAAAAAUAUUAUAUAAAUUAUAUAAAUAUUAAAAAAUAUAUAUUUUAAAUUACCGCUGUUAAUCAUAAGCAGCAAAUAUGCAUAAUUUAUAUUUUAUAACAUGUUUUGUGUCAUCGCACAACAAAUGAUGAUUUUUUUUUUUUUUCUGUUAAAAAAAACUCAGUAAUUUUUUUUUUUAUUUUAUAAUACAGUUGAAAUAUUGACACUUGCAAAGUCAAUCAAGGCCAGUUUUUCCCUGUUGGUGGCUAAUAAAGUUAAGGUCUAGGUCUAGAGAAAUAACUGCCUGUAAUAGCUUCUAACCGCUGAUACAUUACCGCUUACUAUAGUAUUAUGUUUUACAGAAUUAUGAAUAUUAUAAGAAAAAAAAAUAGCAUAACAUUUGUAAAUAUGCUACAAUCUAAUUCUGGAGUUAAAUCCUGUAUAUAAUGUUCAUGUAGACUAUCUAUCUAUCCUGUCAUUGUCCACUAGAUGUCACCAUAUAGAGAUGAUUUGGUUGUUUCUAUGUCAUUGCAUGAUAGUUUUUGAUUGUGUACUUUGUGUUUUAGUGUCUUCUUUUUGGUGUUUACUGUGUGUUACUCUUUCAUUCAUACCUGCACUGCUUGUAUUUUAAUCAUGUCAAUAAAAUAGUUUGAAGUGUUUUUUGUCUGGCGUGCAAAAUACCUGUGGCCUAAUGGUAGAGAGAACUUAACUUAAACCAAACAAUAGGAGACGAACCCUGUUCAAUUCAAAUUUCUUAUGCAAACACACAAAAAGCUAUUGCGUAAUCAAUACAAUGGAUGAUUUUUUUUUAAUGCUGUGUAAUAAUUGAGCCAAUCAAUGCUUUCAUAUGAAACUGGUUCAAUAAUACAUAACAAUAUAUUCAGAAUAUGAAUGUGUGCUUGUGUAUGACAUUAAGGCCUUUUUUUCUCAGAAUAUUAUUUGUGUUGAUUUCAAAAACAUUGUGCACAGAGAGUUUUGAACUACUGCAUCAUUUAGACACACACAGAUAUCAAGAAUCAGCAUAUGAAUCUCAACAAUGGAGACAAUCAGAAUAUUCAGAUCGACUCUGAACAUCACAAAACCAAACAUUAUUUGCUCUGAAUUGCAUUUGUUUUAAACAGAAUUUAAGAACAGGCAUCAUUCACUCAGUAAAAUAUUGUACAUAUAAAUGUCUUAAAGAUGUAAUCUGUAAGAAAAACUAAUGUAAUUUAUCAUUAUUAUUUCAACUCAACGUAUACAUAUAUUUAAAAUUAUUGUUUAAUAUUAUUUUUAAUAUUUAUAUAUCUUUGAAUUUUCCUUAUGGCAUUAUUUGAAAAUGAUUUGAGUACCUUAUUCUAUUCACCAAAAACAAAUGUGAACUUCCUGUGUGUGCUGCUAGUAAAAACCACAAUGGUUAUAUGCGGAAAGCGUUAGUCAUAUGCUGUCCUUCAG